AUGGCUUCGUGCAUGUAUCGUGUAGGCGAUUACGUCUACUUUGAAGGCAAUCCUACAGAACCAUAUCUAAUUCGACGAAUCGAAGAAUUAAACAAAACUCCAAAUGGUAAUGUUGAAGCACGUGUUGCUUGUUUUUAUCGUCGCCGUGAUAUAUCUUCGUAUCUAGUCAAUCAAGUUGAUCGUCUUAAAAUUGAUGCUCCAUGGGAAGAUGAUGAUGAAAUAGCAAAUGAUACUGCAUCAACAAGCACAACUGGACAAUCAACAGAAUUAAGUGAUACACAAAAACAUCAAUUACGCCAUCGUGAAUUAUUUUUAACACGUCAGAAUGAAACAUUACUAGCAACAAAUAUACGUGGAAAAUGUUUAGUUACAUUACAUAAUGAAACUGAAACAUUUGUAUCAUAUCUUAGUUCUGAGGAUCUUUUUUUUUAUCAAUUGGUUUAUGAUCCAAAUCAAAAAACUUUAAAUGCUGAUCGAGGUGAAAUUCGUGUUGGUGGAAAAUAUCAAGCUGAUGUACCAGCUCAACCGGUAUCUAAUGAUGGAACUGAAGAUAAUUCACCAUCAAGAGAAGAUCUAAUCUGGGAUGCAAAUGGUGGACUAACAGAAAAACAAAUUGAACAAUAUUUAAUCGUUGCAAGAUCCAUUGGUACAUUUGCUCGUGCACUUGAUUGUCCAACAGCAUUAAAACAUCCAAGUCUUCAUAUGAGUGCUGCAUCAGCAUCACGUGAUGCAACAUUAUUUUUUGCAAUGGAUACAUUACAUAAACAUCAUUAUGAUUUAGCUUUAGCUACAUGCAGUUUAGUACCGAAUACAGGUCCUAUACUUGUUAAAGAUCAAAUGGAAGAUUGGUCAGCUGCUGAAGCUAAUUCAUUCGAAGAUGCUAUUGAAAAAUGUGGAAAAGAUUUUCAUGAAAUACAAAAAGAAUAUUUACCAUGGAAAAGUUUAAAAGGUAUUAUUGAAUAUUAUUAUAUGUGGAAAACAACAGAUCGUUAUGUUGUUCAAAGACGUUUGAAAUUAGCUGAACAAGAAAAUAAACUUAAACAAGUUUUCAUACCAAAUUAUAAUAAAGCUCAUCAAUGUCUACUUCCACAACGACCACAAGGUGGUGAAAGUAAACCAUGUGAAUCAUGUGGAAAUAUUCGAAAUAUAUGUACACGUCUUCGUAAUGCAUAUAAACAAGAGAGUGAAAAUAAAAAAACUAAACAUUUAAAUGAUAUAUUUCCACAUCAAGAUGAGAAUGAUAAAGAUAAAACAUUCGAUGAUUUUCUGUCUAAAUAUGAAGAAAAAGAAAAUAAUGAAAAUGAAACAAAUAUACCACUACGUUAUCCUAAAUUAAAAACGGAUUCAGGAGAUUUUUAUGCACAAUUUACUCAUUCAAAUAUGAGUAUUAUGAAAAAACGACCUUAUGAAUCAAAUGAUAGUUCAAAUGAAGGUCCAUCACCAAAACGAACAUUAAUCAGUCGACAAAAUUUAAUCAAAACAAAAUCACCGAGUACCGCCAAAUUAUCUCGUUCGCGUGCUUAUACUGUUCCAUUUGUUGAUCCUCCCGAUGGUAUUUAUUUACGUGUAACAAAAGAUAUCAAACGUUUACGAAAAGAAAUUCCUCAAAAGGAAAUUCGUCGUAUUGCACGUGCACCAUGGAAAAAACUCAAUACAAACUUUGUCUCGUAUGUUGAUGAUGAUAUUGUUGUUCUUGAUUAA